GAAGUAAAGGGUGAAGGGAAGGCCUUUCCAGAGAAUGAUGAGAAAGGCUAGGAGGGAUAAUGAACAAGAUGGGAAACUGGUAUAGAUCAGCAUGCAUACAGGGCUAAAGGUAAGAAAAACUAGCACUUUAAGGAGAUAGGUUUUAUGUAGUUCUAACUUAAAGUGCAAAGAAGUAUAGUACUAAAAUCUAUAAGUUCCAUGAGGGGGUAGGAUGGUUCUUACUACUUGAUUAUCAGCACUACUAACAAAGUAGUUGGUAUUGUUGUACAUCCUCAAGAAGUAUGUUCAAAGAGGCUGGGGAGAUUUUAUUCUUUAACAUGGUUUUUGCCUUUCCUAGUCUGAUCUGACCUUAACGAUUUUAAGCAGGUAAUGACAUCAGAUUUGCAAUUUAUAGGGCUCAUCCAGCUGCUAUGUGUAAUAGAAUGGAUUGGAGAAAAGUAGAGCAAAGUCCAACAGUUUUGCAGGUCAAAACAUUGUGACAGUGUAAAGCAGAGAAUGGAGAGCUGUAUUGAGGGAUAAUUAGGAGUAAGAAGAGUAUCGUAGGACUUGGGAAUUAGGUUAUGGGGCAGAAGGGAGAAAAAGUUUUAUAGAUAAGUACUAAGUUUAUUCAGCAACUAAGUUUAUGAUUUAUCAGGAUUGGCAAGGAAGAGAGAGAUUCAUAAUCAGGAUUUACAUUUUAUGAAAGAAACGAACUUUUUUGUCAAAAUACUUGUUUAGUGCAAAUAAAUUUAAAUCAUCUUGUCAGUGGCUGUUAUAAACUUGCCAUUUAUUUAAAAAUCAUAGAAUUCAGUUAUUUUAACUAUUCUAAAAAUUAUUUUGCUUUGAACUGUGUUAAUAUUUUUUUAAUAGGCAUUUUUUUCUUUUUACAGCCAUGAACCAUCUUAAUGGACAGAAAAUGUAUGGUAAAAUUAUUCGUGUUACUCUGUCUAAACAUCAGACGGUACAACUACCUCGAGAGGGACUUGAUGAUCAAGGGCUAACAAAGGAUUUUGGUAAUUCCCCAUUGCAUCGUUUUAAGAAACCUGGAUCCAAAAAUUUUCAGAACAUUUUUCCUCCUUCUGCAACCCUUCACCUAUCCAAUAUCCCUCCUUCGGUAGCAGAAGAGGAUCUACGAACACUGUUUGCUAACACUGGGGGCACUGUGAAAGCAUUUAAGUUUUUUCAAAGAGAUCACAAAAUGGCUCUUCUUCAGAUGGCAACAGUGGAAGAAGCUAUCCAGGCCUUGAUUGAUCUUCAUAAUUACAACCUUGGUGAAAACCAUCAUCUGAGAGUGUCUUUCUCCAAGUCAACAAUUUAAAAAGGGGGAGGUGAAGAUUGAGGGUGUAUCACAUUGUUUGGUGUCAUCACCUAUUGACUGUUCAGAAAAGUGGGGACCAGAGUUUGAUUUUUUUGUUGUUGUUGUUGUUUCCUUUUUUUUUCCAUGCUGUUAUCAUUCCUUGGUUAUAAAAUGAAAUGGCAUACAUAAAGGCAGAGUUGUUAACUGCUGUAUUUCAUCUGUUCUAUAGGUAGGCCAUUUUUAUUGUCUGUUUAUAAUUUUAGUUUAAUUAUACUUUCCUUUUUCAACUUAGUUGACAUACGUGCCUUAAAAAGGAAAACUAGUGUUGCUAUUGUGCAUUUACUAGGUAAAAGGAAUUGGUUGUCUAGGGCACAUUGUUAUAUGGGAAUUACAAUAUGUUUAGGCAGGGGUGUGUAAAAAGGUUAAGUUUUUGUUUCUCCUGCUUGGAACUUAUUUUGAAUUAUUGGCUUGUCACAUUUCUUUCUAUUUAAUCAAAUAAGAUACAUGAUACUGAAAGAAUUAAAGCAGCAUUUUUUAGUUUUUACUACCUUAGGCUUUAUUGCUUUAAAAAAACAUUGGCCUUUUGUAUCUCACAAUUCUGGUCUAGAUUCAGUUAUGAAUGUAGGCAUUAGUUAAAAUUAACAAGAUGCAGAGUAUUAAUUUCUUAAGACAACAAAGUGAUUUCUGUAAGUUUGAGCCCUACGUGGAAAGCAUUGUGGAAUCUUAACCUUUUUGUACACACUCUUGUGGGACGUAUCAUAUAAAUGUCAGCACUAAGUAAUGUCUUGUUUGUGGCUGAAUAUUUUUCGUAGAUGUUUUUGAAGUUGACAUGACUUACGUGCAUUUAAAUAUAUAUUGCCAUCCUUAGUUUGUAAUUAAGAUUUGGAAUAUGGUUGUGGAUUUCUGAGCAUGUGCAGACUGGUCUAGCUAGUUCAGGAACUGGUGCAUGUAUUUUUCAAAGAUAAAGAAAGUGUACUGCGAAAAUUUGCAGGAAGAUUAAUUUUGUGGCAGUUUUCUAAAACUGACAACCAGGUGGGACCAAAGUUUAUGUGCCUUUAGUCUUAAUUUACCUUGCAUUGUAAUAUUCAGUUUUAAUAAAUCUUCAAAAUAUUUUGUAUUUAGGAAUAGAUCUGACUUUAAUAAAAACAUGGCUCAGAAUCUACAGGUCAAAUUAAUUUGAACAGUUCUUGUCAAUCUGAAUUGUUGAUUCUGUUUAAAUGACCAAUACUUUUUGAAAUUGAUGUACUUAGUUUCAAGAUUCAUAGAUUCUGUUAUCUAUGUAGACAGAAUGGUCAUGUAUAUUUUCUAUUAGUUGAGUUUUUACAUCUUUAGAAAUGUAAAAUUCAGUAUAGUUUGAAAGCGGCACAAUUAAAAAUUAAUUUUCUAACAAAGUU